UAGUGCAUUUGAGGUAAUGUCUACCAAGUCCUCAGAAAUGCCUGAUACAACAGAAGAUUUAGUAGAGCUAAGUAAUUAUGUAACACUGUGCCGGGAUUCUACUUUAUCGAAAAUGAAAGCUCAAUUGAGGACUGUUGGAGAUUACAUAAUGUUUCUUUUUGAAUACACGGAAUUUAACAUUGAUGAUAUUAAUUUGCAAUCGCGAGUAUUUCGAUGGCCUCAAGAGAUUGAACAGUUUUUAGACUUAGCUACCAGUAGAGUUAUUCAAAAGAAAGGAGUAGUUGAAGGCCAGUUGAAAUCUAAAAAAACGGAAUUUGAAUUCGAUCUUAAAAAUCAUUUCAAAUUGCUGGAUAAUUUAAAGAAAAAAGACCCACCGAUAUUAACUAAUGAUGAAAUCAUAGCAGCCACCGAAGAAGUUGAACGUCUUACUAAUUUUCUUAAAGAAGAUAUUGCUGCUGCAAAGAGUAUAAAUCACACUGAAAAACUUUUGGAUGUUGAAGUUACGCCAUAUACUCAACUUCACUCAAUGGUUGCGGCUAGUGAGCAAUUUGACCAUUUGUGGCACAUUGUUCACGAUUUCCAGAAUUACUAUGAAAUAUGGUUCAAUGGACCAUUCCACGAUCUGAAUGCUAAAGAAAUAAAGGAAAUGGUAGAUAAUAUGUGGGAUAACCUAUAUAAAUUAGCUAGAAUUCUUCAAGACUAUCCUGGAUCAAAAAGAGUAGCAGAAAUUGUACGUGGUAAAGUAGAUAAUUUUAAAAAGUAUUUACCUGUAUUGGAGACAAUUUGUAAUCCGGGUAUUCACGAUAGACAUUGGACAGAGAUUAGCAAAAAUGUUGGUGUAGACUUACAUCCUAAUGAUUCAUCAACUUUGUCACAAAUGAUUGAAAUUGGUUUAUUGAACUACAUUGAAAAACUUGAAGAAAUUAGUGUUAUUGCAUCUAGAGAAUAUUCGCUUGAACAAAAUCUUCGAAAAAUGAAAGAAGAAUGGUUAACUAUUGAGUUUGAGUGUACUCCAUACCGAGAUAGUGGGGUUAGCAUAUUAACGGCAUUAGAUGACAUUCAGGUUAUGUUAGAUGAUCAUAUACUGAAAGCUCAAACAAUGCAUGGGUCGGUUUAUAUAAAACCUUUUGAAGAAGAAAUGGAUACAUGGGAAAAAAAAUUAAUUUUGAUGCAAGAAAUUUUAGAUCUAUGGAUUUCUGUGCAAGGAAUUUGGAUGUAUUUAGGUCCAAUAUUUAGUUCAGAAGACAUAAAUCGUCAGAUGCCCGAAGAAGCUAGAAAUUUCAGAGCCGUAGAUGCUAUUUGGCGUCAAAUUAUGAUUAACACUGUUAAAAACCGUAAAGUUCUCGAAGCUACAGACUAUCCAAAUAUGUUGGCAUUGCUAAAAAAGUGCAGCGUUAUGUUUGAGCAGAUACAGAAAGGCUUGAACGAGUAUUUAGAGAAAAAACGUCUUUUCUUUCCACGAUUUUUCUUUUUGUCUAACGACGAACUUCUUGAAAUUUUGUCUGAAACCAAAGACCCAUUACGAGUGCAACCACAUCUUAAAAAAUGUUUUGAAGGCAUAGAUAAAUUAAACUUUACUAAAAGCAUAGAAAUUGUGGGAAUGAUAUCAGCUGAUGGUGAAGUAGUACCCUUUAAUGGAAUAAUUUAUCCGGCUGACGCUAAGGGUUUGGUAGAAAAAUGGUUGAUUCAGGUUGAAAUUUUAAUGAUGCAGUCAAUAAGCGAAAUUAUUAACAAUGCAGUAAAAGAAUACGCAAAUAUUAAACGCGACGAAUGGGUACUUAAAUGGCCGGGUAUGGUUGUUUUAUGUGCUUCAACAAUAAAUUGGACUGCUGAAGUAGAAACCGCUAUUGAAAAAAUAUCGCUUCCUGCCUAUCUACAGAAAAGUAAUACGCAAAUAGAAAAUUUGGUGAAUUUAGUGCGUGGCGCAUUAAACAUAGGUGAAAGGGCAACGGUGUGUGCUUUGAUAGUUAUAGAUGUUCACGAAUUACACCUCAGUGGAGCUUCUGAAGGUCCAGCUGGAACUGGAAAAACCGAAACCACAAAAGAUUUAGCCAAAGCAAUAGCCAAACAAUGUAUAGUAUUUAAUUGUUCUGAAGGACUUGAUUUUAAAGCUACAGGCAAAUUUUUCAUGGGAUUAGCACAAUCUGGAGCAUGGGCUUGUUUCGACGAAUUCAAUAGAAUUGAACUUGAAGUAUUGUCGGUAAUUGCUCAGCAAGUGUAUAUUAUACAAAUGGCGGUAAAAGCUAAAAAGGACAAAUUCAUUUUUGAGGGCACAGAGUUAACAUUAAAUCCUACUUGUGCAGUUUUUAUAACUAUGAUCCCAGGAUAUGCGGGACGGCAAGAACUGCCUGAUAAUUUAAAAGUAUUAUUCCGUACAGUCGCUAUGAUGGUACCAGAUUAUGCCAUGAUUGGAGAAAUAUCAUUAUAUUCUAUGGGUUUUAGUGAUGCUAGAAGUUUGGCUGAAAAAAUUGUAGACACAUAUAAAUUAUGUUCAGAACAAUUGUCAUUUCAAUCACAUUACGAUUAUGGGAUGAGGGCAGUAAAAUCUGUAUUAACAUCUAUAGAAAAUUUAAGAUUUAAAUACCCUGAUAACAAUGAAGAGGAAAUUGUGUUAAGAGCUAUAUACGACGUCAAUAUGCCAAAAUUUUCAUCGGAGGAUACACCACUUUUUAUCGGUAUAUAUGGAGAUAUAUUUCCCGGUGUCAAACUAUUAAUGCCAGAAAGAGAAGAACUCAUAAAUAAAAUAAACAUAAACUUAGGCAAAAGGAAUUUACAAUGUACUCCGUGGUUCAUCGAUAAAAUAAUACAAGUAUAUGAGAUGGUGCUGGUUAGACACGGGCUUAUGAUUGUUGGUGAACCAUUUUCUGGAAAAACUUGUGCCUAUCAGAUCUUGGCAGAAUCGUUGAGUGAUUUACAACUCGAUCGCAAAGCAAUAAUGAAAGAAUUUAAAACUACGUGUAAAAUUAUCAACCCUAAAGCAAUUACAAUUGGUCAAUUGUAUGGAUCAUUUGAUACAGUCUCGCAUGAAUGGCAUGAUGGAGUUUUAGCAAUUGUGUUUCGAGAAUUUGCCAAUAGUGUAUCAAUGGAUCGCAAAUGGAUUGUAUUUGAUGGCCCUGUUGAUGCAGUAUGGGUAGAAAAUAUGAAUACAGUGUUGGACGAUAACAAAAAACUUUGCUUAAUGUCUGGAGAAAUUAUACAGAUGAGUAAUAAAAUGAACAUGGUGUUUGAACCUGCGAAUUUAGAACAAGCUUCGCCUGCAACCGUAUCUCGCUGUGGAAUGAUUUAUGUAGAACCAAAACAGCUUGGUUGGAGAUCAUUUUGGCUUUCGUAUAAACAAAAUCUGUGUCCUAAAAUUUUGGCAGACCAAAAAAUUAUGAUGGAUGACCUAAUCGAGUGGUUGGUACCCGCCAUAUUUGUUUUUAUACAAAAACAUUGUAGUUUAUUCUUAGCUACUUCUGAAAAUCAUAUGUUUAACUCGUUUACAAGGUUAAUGGAUUGUUUGAUUAAAGAAGAAACUGGAAUUGGAUUCACAACCAUAUGGGUGGGAUGUACAACAAUCUUUAGUUUGAUCUGGAGUCUUGGUUCCUUAAUAAAGAGCGAUAGCCGAAAUAAAUUUGAUACAUUUUUUCGGAAACUUCUUCUUGGAAAUAAUGAUCAAUAUCCUAAGCCAAAUACUUUUAAGUUGACAAAAAUCCACCUUUUUCCAGAUAUGGGUACAGUUUAUGACUAUGUUUAUGAUAAGAAAAAUAAUGGUUCUUGGGUCCUAUGGUCUGAAAAAAUAGAUUUUAAAAGGAUUUCACCAGAUGCCAGAAUAAAUGAUUUAAUCAUUCAAACUGAUGAAACAGCUAAGCAGCAUUACUUUCUUCAAAUAUUAUUAAAAAAUGAAAUUCCUUUACUGUUUGUCGGACCUACUGGAACAGGGAAAUCAGUUAUUGUGCUGGACUACUUAAUUAAUUUGCCAAAAGAAAAAUUUUUAACCAACGUAUUAAACUUCUCAGCGUGGACUGCAGCUAACACUGUACAAGAUAUAAUAAUUUCUAAAUUGGACAAGCGAAGAAGAGGAGUUUUUGGACCGUCUGUUGGUAAAAAAUGUAUGUUGCUUGUAGAUGAUUUAAGCAUGCCAUUACCUGAAAAAUAUGGUGCUCAACCACCAAUAGAAUUAUUAAGACAAUGGAUUGAUCAUGGUCAUUGGUAUGAUCUUCAAGCUAUGUCAAGAAUAGAUAUGCUCGAUAUGUUAUUUAUUGGUGUACUUCAACCUCCUGGUGGCGGUUCAAAUCAAGUUACUACUCGUUUCACUAGACAUAUGAAUGCUAUUGGUAUUGAUUCAUUCAGCCAAGAAACUAUGUCUAAAAUAUUCUCUCAAAUUAUGAAAUGGCAUUUUAACAAAGGCUUUUCUGAGCCUAUCGCUUUGCAAGGAAAUAGUGUAGUAGAAGCAAUACUGUUUGUGUACAAAGAAGCCGUCUCAACAUUUUUACCGACUCCAGCUAAAUCUCACUAUACUUUCAACUUACGAGAUUUUACCAGAGUUAUAAAAGGAAUAUUAUUGUUACCAGCAUCGCGGUGUAAAACCCUUGAAAAAAUGUUCCGACUGUGGGUUCAUGAGACAUGGCGUGUGUUUGGUGAUAGAUUAGUCCACGAUGAUGACCGUAAUAAACUAUUUGAAAUAAUGAAAACAGCAUCUUAUAGUUGUUUGAGACAACCUAUGGACGUUUAUCUAAGUGAUUUAAUGCCAGUCGAGGAGAGCUUUUUAAAUACUGAUCAUUUACGAAACCUAUUUUAUGGAAACUACAUGGAUCCGGAUAUUAAUAAGAAAAUUUAUGAUGAAGUUCAUAGUGAAAAACAACUAAUUCAACGAAUGGAUUAUUAUUUGAAUGAAUACAAUACUAUGUCUAAAAAUCCAUUAUCAAUGGUUAUGUUUAAGUUUGCUAUUGAACAUGUGUCCCGUGUAAGUAGAGUCUUACAACAAGACAACGGUCAUUUGUUAUUAGUUGGAAUAGGUGGUAGUGGAAGACAAUCAGCUACAAAGUUGGCCACAUUUAUUGCCGGUUAUAAAAUAUAUCAAAUUGAAAUAGGAAGGAAUUAUGGUAAAAAUGAAUGGAAUGAAGAUAUGAAAAAAAUAUUAAGAUAUGCUGGAUGCGAUGGAAAUCCAAUUACAUUUUUUUUAUCAGACAAUCAAAUUUCAGAUGACAGUUUUGUAGAAGAUAUAAAUAUGUUACUUAAUACUGGAGACAUACCAAAUCUUUAUCAAUCUGAUGAUAGAGUUGAUAUUUUAGAUAAAGUAUCCAAUAUUGCUCAAACCCUUGGUUUAAACGUUGAAACAACACCACUUGCUUUAUACAAUUUCUUUAUAGAAAGAGUCAAAGAGAACCUUCAUCUGAUUUUAGCUAUGUCACCAAUUGGUGAUGUGUUUAGAAACCACUUGAGAAUGUUUCCUUCACUCAUAAACUGUUGUACAAUCGACUGGUUUACAGUUUGGCCUGAAGACGCUCUUGAGAAAGUUGCAGAAUAUUAUUUAAAAGAUAUGUCCAUUCACAGUGAUAUUGCAUCAUCUUGUGUAAUAAUUUGUAAAGAAUUUCAUACCACAGCUAGAGAUGCUUCUUCCAGAUUUUAUUCAGCGUUAAAAAGGCAUAACUAUGUUACACCAACUUCUUAUUUAGAGUUAAUAAAAACAUUCAAAAAUUUGCAUAAAAAGAAGGUAGAUCAAAUUACAACUUUGCGAAACAGAUAUGAAACUGGUUUAAAAAAAUUAGACUUUGCUGCGGGCCAAGUAUCCGUUAUGCAAGAUCAACUAACAGCUUUAAGACCAAAACUUGUAGAAACUUCGUUGGCUACUGAAGCUCUUAUGGUUAAAAUUGAACAAGAUACAGUAAAAGUCGAAGCCAAAAAAGAAAUAGUGGGCGCUGAUGAAGCCCUUGCUAAUGAUGCUGCAGCAGCAUCACAGGCUAUCAAAGACGAUUGUGAAAGUGAUUUAGCUGAAGCCAUACCAGCCCUCGAAGCAGCAGUUUCAGCUCUAAACACUCUUAAGCCCGCCGAUAUUACCGUAGUUAAAUCCAUGAAAAAUCCACCAUAUGGUGUUAAGUUAGUACUAGAAGCAGUUUGUGUUAUGAAAGGCAUUAAAUCUGAACGUAAACCAGAUCCAAGUGGCUCUGGGCGGAUGAUUGAAGAUUUUUGGGGACCAUCACAGAAACUAAUUUCAGAUACUAAAUUUUUAGAAAGUUUAAAAACAUAUGACAAAGAUAAUAUAGAUCCUGCAGUUAUGAAACAUAUAAGAGAAAAAUAUAUUAAUGAUCCAGACUUCAAUCCUAUUAGUAUCAAAUCAGUUUCUAAUGCGUGUGAAGGCCUUUGUAAAUGGAUAAGAGCGUUGGAUGUUUAUGAUAAGGUAAUAAAAAUUGUUGGACCUAAAAAAGAAAAACUUCAGCAAGCGGAAACGGACUAUGCUGUACAAAUGGAAAAACUUAAUGAAAAAAGAGCUGAGCUUUCCGGGGUUUUAAGCAAGCUUCAAACAUUGAGAGAUGAACUUGCGGAAAAAACGAAGGAGAAAAAAGAAUUGGAAGAUAAUAUUGACUUGUGCUCUCAAAAGCUAACCAGAGCUGAACAAUUAAUUAGUGGUCUUAGCGGAGAAAAAUAUAAAUGGAGCCAAACAGCUCUAGAAUUGCAAUCAACAUUAGAUAAUGCAAUUGGCGAUGUAUUAUUAUCUGCAGGCGUUGUUGCCUACCUUGGGGCAUUUACUGUUGACUUUAGGAAUGUACUUAUUGAUGAAUGGAACCAAAAGUGUUUGGAAAUGAGUAUUCCAUGUUCAAAACAGUUUUCAUUAAUACAUACGUUAGGAGAACCAUUAUUAAUUCGGGAAUGGAAUAUAUUUGGACUUCCAGCUGAUAAUUUUUCUGUUGAAAAUGGGAUCAUCGUAUUUAGUGGUACGAGAUGGCCUCUAAUGAUUGACCCCCAAGGUCAAGCGAAUAAAUGGAUAAAAACUAUGGAAAAUUCAAACAACAUUUCUGUAGUUAAACUGUCAAAUUCAAAUUAUAUGACUUCCAUACGAUUAGCAAUUGAACAUGGCUUACCGGUUCUUUUAGAAAAUAUACUAGAAGACAUUGAUGCUACACUUGAUCAAGUACUACUAAGAAAUAUCUAUAAGGAAGGUGGAAUUGAAUACUUGAGAUUUGGCGAUGAUUUGUUGGAAUAUAAUCACUCGUUUAGACUUUACAUCACAACACGACUUCGAAAUCCUCAUUAUUUACCAGAUAUUUCUGUUAAAGUAACAUUACUAAACUUUAUGAUUACGCAACAAGGACUGCAAGAUCAAUUGCUAGGGAUUGUUGUUGCUAAAGAACGACCUCAGUUGGAGGAAAGAAAAAAUGAAUUGAUACUUGAAAGUGCUAAUAAUAAUAAACUACUUAAAGAAAUUGAAGACAAAAUAUUAUACGUUCUCUCUUCAUCUGAAGGAAAUAUUUUGGAGGAUGAAUCAGCAAUAAAAGUUUUGUCUUCAUCAAAAUCAUUAUCUGCUGAGAUUCAACUGAAACAAGAAAUUGCUAUCGUAACUGAAAAAGAAAUUGAUGUAGGUCGUGAUGUUUAUAUUCCUGUAUCUAGUCACUCUUCAGUUUUAUUUUUCUGUAUAACUGAUCUAAAUAACAUCGAUCCAAUGUACCAAUAUUCAUUAUCUUGGUUUAUAAACUUAUAUUAUCAGUCAAUUGAACAAAGUGAAAAAUCAAACGACAUUAAUGAAAGAAUAAAUAUUUUGAAUGAUUAUUUCACUUAUAAUAUUUACCGAAACGUUUGUAGAUCUUUAUUUGAAAAAGAUAAACUGAUUUUUUCAUUUAUUUUAACAGUUGGAAUUUUUCGGUCUAAGGGUUCCCUUGACGAUGAAUUAUUUAAAUUAUUCCUUACCGAAGGAGUUGGGAUAACUAAUGAACACCCCAAUCCGGCAUCUAAUUGGCUAAGUGAUAAAUCAUGGGCCGAAAUUGUUCGAGCAUCUCAAUUUCCAAGAUUGAAUCAAUUUUACAAAUCAAUUAUUAAUUCAAUUGAUGAGUGGAGCGUAUGGUAUGAUUCAAAUAGCCCACAUGAAGCAUCUAUUCCAGAGCCUUUUGAAAAUAUCGACGGCUUGGAAAAGCUUGUAAUUAUAAAGUGCAUUCGUUUCGAUAAAGUUGUUCCGGCUAUACAACAAUAUAUUGUUAGUUGUAUGGGUCAGAAAUACGUCGAACCACCAUCGUUUGAUUUGGCAGACUCAUACAAAGACUCAACCUGUUGCAGUCCAUUGAUUUUUAUAUUAUCAGCGGGAACCGAUCCAAUGUCGAGAUUAAUACAAUUUUCUGAAGACAAAAAAAUUAGUCCGACUGAUUUAAUAACCGUAUCACUUGGUCAAGGACAAGGUCCAAUAGCUGCUAAUAUGAUAAAAUCAGGUAUAGAAACAGGUCAAUGGGUUGUGUUACAAAACUGUCAUUUGGCUGUUAGCUGGAUGAAAGAACUUGAUCGCAUUUGUGAUGAAGAUAUUAUACCCAGUCGUACACAUCAGUCGUUCCGUCUCUGGCUUACAAGUUAUCCAUUUGAUGAUUUCCCUGUAUCUAUACUACAGAAUGGUAUUAAAAUGAUAAACGAAGCUCCAGAAGGUCUUGGUGCAAAUUUAUUGCGCUCAUAUACAACCAACCCUAUUAAUGAUCCAAAUUUCUACCUCAGUUGUAAGAACGACUUAGGUUUGAAAACGUUAAUAUUUUCGCUAUGUUUUUUCCAUGGAAUCGUUCAAGAACGUCGAAAGUUUGGAUCACUUGGUUGGAAUAUUCCAUAUGAAUUUAACGACUCAGAUUUUCAAAUAAGCGUAAUGCAGUUAAAUAUGUUUCUAAACGAUUAUGAUGAAAUUCCAUACGACGCAUUACUUUAUUUAAUUGGUGAAUGUAAUUAUGGUGGUCGAGUAACUGAUGACAAUGAUAGACGUUUAUUGACAUCUCUACUGACAAUUUUUUUCAACUCAAAUGUUACCAACACCGAUUCUUAUACAUUUUCUGAGAGUGGACUGUAUUAUGUACCCAAAGACACUACCUUUGAUGGGUGUUUCGAAUACAUUAAAUCUUUACCCAUAAAUCCACGACCAGAAGUAUUCGGACUGCACGAAAAUGCUGAUAUAACAAAAAAUAAUUAUGAAACUAAUUUGUUAUUAUAUGGUACUAUUUUAACUCAAUCUCAAAUCACUGCGGGAGUUGGUGAUAAAGAUACAGAUGCCAAAAUAGCAGAGUUAGCUAGUAAUAUCGUGAAUAAUAUACCAGAUUUAUUUGACAUAGUUGAAGCGAAAAAGAAAUUUCCAAUUAAGUAUGAACAAUCGAUGAAUACUGUAUUACGGCAGGAAUUGAUACGUUUCAACAAAUUACUGUCAAUUAUAAAAAUAUCAUUAGUGGAAGUACAAAAAGCUAUUAAAGGUAUAGUUGUCAUGUCAUCUGAUUUAGAAGAAUUACAUACAAGUCUAGUCAUUGGACGAGUACCGGCAAAUUGGAUGAAUUAUUCGUACCCUUCUUUGAAACCGUUAGGUGGAUAUGUAGCAGAUUUAUUGCAGAGACUAAAAUUCUUACAAGAAUGGCUGGAUAAUGGCAUGCCAGAAGUAUUUUGGCUUUCUGGUUUUUAUUUUACACAGUCUUUCUUAUCGGGUGUACUUCAAAAUUUUUCACGCAAAAACAAAAUACCUAUAAAUAAACUUGGAUUUGAGUUUGAUAUAACUAUAUAUGAACCGGAAAUUGGAUUGAUGGACAAGCCUGAAUGGAAAAUCUAUUGUCAGGGUUUAUUUUUAGAAGGAGCUAGAUGGGAUCGAGAGUUACAAGUAUUAAAUGAAUCAUAUCCAAAAAUUAUUUUCGACACGCUUCCAAUAAUUUGUUUCAAGCCGGGAAUUAAAUCGCAGUUCGAGAAGAGAUCGUAUUAUGACGCACCUAUUUACAAAACAAGUGCUCGUCGAGGUGUUCUUUCCACCACAGGCCAUUCAACAAAUUUUUUGAUGUUUAUGGACUUUUUGAUUGAUCGACCGAAAGAUCAUUGGAUCAAUCGAGGCACCGCUUGCUUGUGUCAAUUAGAUAAUUAAAAGGUCCCUUUUUUGCAUAUUAGUUAAGACCAAAAUUAACGCUUUUCAGAAAAAUAAAAAUUAUAAUGAUAUAAGUAUGUACCUACGAUCGAUAAUCACGGCUUAAUUAUGUAACGUGAGCCAUUAAAUUAUAUGCUUUUCAUUUAUAAAAAUGUUUUUAUUCUCGAACAAAAAAAUUACAAUUUUAGAAACCUAAAAUGUUCUAAUAAA